AUGGACAAAUUAAAUGAAGCAACCGAACAACUGCGUCAAUUAGAAACCCAAACAAGAGCACUGAAAUCCGAAAUUGAUGAUAAGAAUAAAGAAUUACGUGAACUUGAAAAGAAGAGGCCUUCUAAAUAUAACAAGACAGUAGAAGGCAAAUCCAGUGAUCGUUUAUUAGCCGCUCAACUUCAUCACUCUCAAAAUCAAGUUCGCUUAUUGAAAUCUACCAUGGAACAGUUUUUAAGAAUGGGCGUUUUUAAUGAUGAUUUGAACUCAUCUAACCAUAUGACUUCUCCUACAACUCCUGGAAAUAAAUCCUCUACCACUCAUACCCCCUCUGAAGAAAAGCCCAACACUGCGACUGCGGCUGCUUCAGUUGGCACUACUGCUACUGCGGCGACUGCGGCUGGUGCUUAUCCUGCCAUAUCCAGAUCUAGAAAAUCAUUGGUUCCCACAGAAAUUACUGAAGCCAAGACCACCAAGACCCCACAACAAAAAAAACUAACUGCUCCUCUUGAAGAAUGUACAGAAGAAUUGGAUGCUCAAUUGCGAGAGUUGCUAAGAGAAAAAGAACUCCUUCAAGCGGAAUACAGUAAAGCCCCUUCCAGUGGAGGAAAUGCGCUUGUCAGAAGACGCAGAGAAGAAUUAGAAUCCCGGUUAGAUACCGUUGAUUCUCAAAUGUGUCGUAUAAAGUUGAAAAUGCGUAGCCGUAAUAUCCUCUAA